GCUCGUGACGAUACAAGCAUGGCGUCCGCCGUGAAAUUGAAUGAUAUGACCGAGGGUUGGAAUAAAUGGCAGCUUGGAUUAGUUGUGGGUGUUGGAGCUCUAGGGGUCGCCGGACUUUGGUAUUAUAUGAGAAGGAAAGGAGAGGUCAAGGUCGAUAAGAUCGACAUUGUCGAUUCUAACCAAAAUGCCAGCAACAAGCCGUCUGCUAAACCGAAGUCACUACAAGAACAAGCUCAGGAAUCCAAGAAGGAAGGGAAUGUUUUCUUCAAGAAUGGCCAAUACAACGCCGCCAUCUCCUGCUACACAGAGGCCAUCAACCUGUGCCCACGGGAACACUCUGGAGAUAUCGCCACAUUCCAUCAGAACAGAGCAGCAGCCUUUGAACAACUGGGGGAGAAUAAAAGUGUUCUUGAAGACCUGAACAUGGCAAUAACCCUCAACAAACGCUACCCCAAGGCACUCGCUCGCCGGGCCAGGGCUCACGAGGUAGCACAAGACUAUGCAAUGGCAUUAGAAGACAUCACAGCUUGCUGCUUGUUGGAGGGCUUUCAGAACCAGCAGAGUCUGAUCGUGGCGGACCGCGUCCUCAAACUGCUCGGCAAGAGCAAGGCUCAUGCAGCAUACUCAAGUCGCACGCCGUCACUGCCAUCCCAGUUCUUCAUCAAGAAUUACUUUGCUGGCUUCUGUCAUGACCCCAUCUUCAAAACAUCCAGUGCUGGGAAGGCUGAACCCCUCAAGAAGCCAGAUGAAGGGGAGAUAACUGAGGAACCUGUAGUGAAUGGAGAAACAGAGGGCGCCACACAAGAAGCCAGCCCCUUUGAGCUGGCUCAGCAACAGGUCAACCAGCAGCAGUACGGGCAGCUCAUUGAGCUGUGCAGCAAGGAGCUGGAGCUGAAGGACACCCCACACCGCCACAAGGCCCUGCUGAUGCGAGGCACCAUGUAUGUUCUCUACGGCCAGGGCGAGGAGGCCAUGAAGGACCUGUCCACUCUGUUGGAAAUAGACGGCAUGGAAACCGAGGUCCGCGUGAAUGCCCUGGUGAAGAUGGGGAGUCUGGUGAUGCAGGCAGACAAGUCCCAGGAGGCUCUGGCUUGUUUCUCCAAUGCUGAGAAGGUGGACCCCAACAACUCGGACGUGUUUCACCAUCGUGGACAGCAACUGCUUUUGGUGGAGAAACUGGAUGAUGCUAUCAAAGACUUUGAUAAGAGCAUCAGCCUGUCUCCGGACUUUGCCACGUCCUAUGUACAGAGAGCCUAUGCAGAGCACCGAUCUGCGGUGACGCAGCAGAGCCCACUGAACCUGAUGAAGGCCGAUGCCAGCUUCAAGCAGGCCCUGGAGAAGUUCCCCAACUGCUCCGACAUCUACUUGCUGUAUGGACAGGCCCAGUGUGAUCAAGGAGACUUCACCCGGGCCAAGGAACUGUUCACCCGGGCCGAGAGCCUGGAGCCCGACAACGCCAACAUCCUGGUGCAUCGUGGGUUGCUGUGUCUGCAGACUAGCAAGGAUGCUAACCAGGCCCUCACCAUCAUCCGACGAGCCGUGGAGGUCGACCCGCUAUGUGAAUAUGCUCAUGAAAUCAUUGGCACUAUUGAGGUGCAGAGAACCAACAUGCAGGCUGCUGAAUACCACUUCAACAAGGCUAUAGAGCUGUCUAAGUCGGAGGCGGAGAUGGCGCACCUGUUCUCCUUGCUCCACGCCUCCCAGAUACAGACCCGAGUCGCACAGAAGCUUGGCAUCGACGUCCCAACAUUCGGACCAUAAACCACCUCCACGUACAGGUAAACAGGGCUCCUCACAGCACAGGUAUUCCAUACAAAUUAGCAAAAGGAAAUAAUGUUUUGUAAUUUUAAGAAGAUCAUUUGAAGUUAUGGAUACUCAGGCCAUGUUGGUUUCUUAGAAGAUUUUCUGAUGUAGAUUAUCUUAGAAGAUUGUUGAUGUCGAUUAUCUUAGAAGAUUGUUGAUGUCGAUUAUCUUAGAAGAUUUUCUGAUGUAGAUUAUCUUAGAAGAUUUUCUGAUGUAGAUUAUCUUAGAAGAUUGUUGAUGUCGAUUAUCUUAGAAGAUUUUCUGAUGUAGAUUAUCUUAGAAGAUUGUUGAUGUCGAUUAUCUUAGAAGAUUUUCUGAUGUAGAUUAUCUUAGAAGAUUGUUGAUGUCGAUUAUCUUAGAAGAUUGUUGAUGUCGAUUAUCUUAGAAGAUUUUCUGAUGUAGAUUAUCUUAGAAGAUUUUCUGAUGUAGAUUAUCUUAGAAGAUUUUCUGAUGUAGAUUUUCUUAGAAGAUUUUCUGAUGUAGAUUAUCUUAGAAGAUUUUCUGAUGUAGAUUAUCUUAGAAGAUUGUUGAUGUGGAAAUAUAUGAUAUUUUGUUGUCUGUUUUGAUACUGAUGUUUCAAAGCUUAUUGAAUUGUAAUUUAAGACUAAUUGGAACAGAAAUACUAUAUAUUAGGGGAAUGGAAUUUUUUUUUAAAGAUAUUUAGAAGUUUUGGAAUAAGGGAGAGAAUAUAUGGAUGUCAACUAGGGCUGGGACGAGUCCAAAUUUACUACCCAGGUACCCACACCCCUAUCACUCGACCCUACCCGGGUACCCGAUGUUGGU